AUAGCACCAGGAAGGUGCGGGCUGUAUUGGGCAGAAUGGAAUUUGUUGUGGGGAAACCCAUGAUGAGGCUGGAACCCGCCCGCGUGUGAAUUCCCGCAGCUCCCGCUGCUGCUUUAUAAGCAGGCGUCGGAGCGGCAGGGCUGGCAGGAGCGUCGGAGCACCCGGGAGCACAGUCGCUGCACGCUCUGAGAAUGUCUGGCUUUAACUGCAAGAGCUUGCUUCUGGCCUCCCUGCUGGGGCUCCUGGUGCUGUCGCUCUCCGGUCCUUCCCAAGCACAAAGCAACCAAGACUGCUGCCUCUCUUACAGCAAAGGGCGCCUGCCUCGGUGGGCCAUAAAGGGCUAUACUGAACAGCUCUCCAGUGAAGUCUGCGAUAUCAGUGCAAUCAUUUUCCACACCCACAGUGGACUGAACGCCUGCGUAAAUCCUAAGGAAGCCUGGGUGAAGAAGCAUCUUCUUUGGCUGAGCCAUAAGCUCAAGAGGAUGUCAAUGUGAUGUGGUUUCCAGCAGGGAACUAAACACAGACGUGGCUGAAGAACCACUAGGUUCAAUCUCUCGGUUGAGAUCGUCAUCUUGUACACUGUUGUGUGCUUACUAACCACUGUCUCUGGCUUCUUUGGAACCGUUGAACUUCUCAGGUUGAUUCAUAUUGCAUCAUUGUUUUGCUUGAAUUAAGCAUUUUGUUAAAGUUUCUCUUUUACUUACUAAUAUGUGACAGUAGAUUACUAUUCAGCAAAGACUACCUUAAGCUAUUGUACAGAGUAUGUUUUCUAUUAGGUUUAUUGCAUAGUUUUUUUGUACGUGUGCCGUGUGCUGUUCAGCAUAUAUAAAGCAGGUUAUUUAUUCUGUUUAUUUUGUUACUUCUUUGGCACUUUCUUGCACCAAAAUAUGUUUCCUUUUAAUUCUACUUAGCAUGAUAAUACAUUUUGAACUAUUGUUAAAGUCUGUUUGUAUAAAAAAUGGAAAUUGGAGAUUUAAAAAAAUAAAUGAAUCUGUCUACAUGU